AUGAUGGACCAGUAUACACUUGGCGCCGAGGACCGAGCCUGCUUAAAGGAUCUACAGACGACCAACCCUCGGGAUGAUAAAUCCCGCAUUGAGGCCACCAAGGGUGGUCUAUUGAAGGACUCCUAUGCCUGGGCUCUCGGGGAUGAAAGAUUCCAAGAGUGGCACCGCAGAGAAAAAGGUGGAGGAAUUCUAUGGGUCCGAGGUGAUCCGGGAAAAGGCAAGACCAUGCUUUUAUGUGGGAUCAUCGAUGAGCUAUCGGCUAUGAAACAAGGAUCUAUGUCAUAUUUCUUCUGUCAAGCCACCGAUACACGAUUAAACUGCGCAACGGCCGUAUUGCGCGGAUUGAUCUACAUGCUCAUUGACCAGGAGCCAUCCCUCAUUUCUCAUGUUCGACAAAGAUACGAUGAGUCUGGAAAGCAACUUUUUGAAAAUCCAAACGCAUGGCAUGCACUGUCAGCAAUAUUUGUCGAGAUGCUGGGGCAUAUUGAUGACCCAUGCUUGAUUAUCGACGCUCUAGAUGAAUGCACGGCCGAUCUUUCCUCACUGCUGGAUCUUAUCGUUCAAGUUUCAUCAACCCAUCCUCAUGUGAAAUGGGUUAUCUCAAGUCGAAACUGGCCAGAGAUAAAAGAAAAAAUGAUCAUGAUUCCAAAAAAGAAAAGGAUCACCCUGGAGAUAAAUGAAAGCUCCGUAUCUGAGGCAGUCAAAAUCUUCAUUUACGACAGAGUCCAACAAUUGGCCAAGCUCAAGAAAUACAGUCAGCAGAUUUUUGAUGCUGUACAUUCUUAUUUGUUAUCGAAUGCUCAAGGAACCUUUUUGUGGGUCGCGUUAGUAUGUGAGAAGCUCGCCGGCAUAUCUCGCAUGCGGACUAUUGAAAAGCUCACUGCCUUCCCACCCGGGCUCGAUGCGCUGUAUGGAAGGAUGAUGCAGCAGGUUUGCGAGCACGAGGAAGCGCUUCUUUGCAAAGAUAUUCUUGGCCUGGUGGCUAUAACCCACAGGCCUAUUACCAUCCAUGAGCUGACAACUUUCGUUGAUGUUCCUGAACAAGCUUUGGAAGAUGGGUAUGAGUCGCUGAAGGAGAUUGUAGGCUACUGUGGGUCGUUUCUGACUAUAUCUGGGAACAUCAUCCUCUUUGUUCACCAAUCUGCAAAAGACUAUUUGCUGGAAAAGGCCAACCUGGAUAUCUUGCCAUCUGGAUUAGUGGGCAAAAACAUCUUCAUUCUUGAAAAGUCUCUUGACAUAAUGGACAAGAAACUUCGACGAGACAUGCUCACUACUGAAAAUACACACAGAGGCAUUGAACCAGUACAUGGCAAAGUCCUACCUUUUGAUCCUCUCUCAACGUUUCGAUAUUCGUGCGUCUACUGGAUUGAUCACUUGUUAUCCUGUAAUCAGGGGACGGCUAUUCGUGAUUAUUUUAAUCAUGGAGGGUUGGUGGAUCAGUUUCUUUCGAAUAAAUUUCUGUUCUGGCUUGAAGCUUUGAGUCAUCUGAGGAGCGUUUCAAAGGGACUUGAAGAUAUGCUGAAACUGGAGACUUUGGCCAAGGCAAGCUGA